UCAGUGCUGUGCCUCUAUCGGCCAACGCAGCACUUGUCUUGACUACGCGUCAGAUUGACGAAACCACACAAUCUCUCCCGACAACUGAAAUCUUUACGACUCCAAGUAUGGCAUCGACCGAAGUGGUAACAGAAGCUGAAACGGCAACACCCAUAAUUCCCACAAUCCCUGAUGGACCUAUUUUCGUGAGCGGUGAAAUUAGUGGAAAUUUGGAUUGGUGGCAAGAAGCCGCUGUAUACCAAAUAUAUCCGAAAUCAUUUCAAGACAGUAACGGUGACGGUGUUGGUGAUUUGUGCGGUAUCAUUUCUCGACUGGACCACUUGAGCGAUACUGGAGUUACGGUGGUUUGGCUGAAUUCGAUAUUCGAAUCACCACAAGUUGACGGUGGUUUUGAUAUCUCAAACUUUACUACCGUGGACUCAAUUUUCGGAACACUUGACGAUUUUGCAGAACUAAUACAACAAGCCCAUAAUAGAGCAAUAAGAGUGGUCAUCGACUUUGUCCCCAACCACUCCAGCAAUGAACAUAUCUGGUUCCAAAACUCCGUUGCACGGAUCGAACCUUACACAGAUUACUACGUGUGGAGAGAUGGAAUCACUACGGACAACGGAACUCAACCACCGAAUAACUGGCUGAGCGUAUUCGGUGGUUCCGCUUGGACGUGGAAUGAACAGCGGCAACAAUACUACCUUCACCAGUUCGGAACCAGCCAAGUGGACCUGAACUUCCGCAAUCCUGCUGUAGUGAGCGAAAUCACAAACGUCCUUAGGUUUUGGCUUGACCAAGGUGUCGAUGGAUUUCGAGUGAGUUCCGUUGCUCACAUUUUCGAGAACGUAAACUUUCCAGACGAACCUCUCAAUGAGAGUCCUGGUCCCAAUGUCUUGGAAACGGAUUACGACUAUCUUCAACAUAUUUACACGACUGAUCUGGACGAAACCAUUGACCUCGUCUAUCAAUGGCGAACUGUUCUUGAUGAAUUUACUACACAAUCAGACGGACAAACUCGUGUUCUCAUUACUGACUCUGCUGCCAGUCAGGAUGUUGUAGCAAGAUACUUUGGUAAUCAAACUCACCAAGGAGCGCAUCUACCGUUGAACUUCGGCCUUAUAGCAGAAUUGGGGCAGCCUUCGCUGGCGUCCGACUAUAUUCAAGUGCUGACAAGAUGGUUCGCAACCUUGCCUGAGAAUGGAACAUCGAACUGGGUUCUUGGAAACCAUGAUCAAAGACGACCUGCAUCCCGCUUUGGCGUGAAUCGAGUUGACGGUCUGAACAUGCUGCACCUUCUACCUGGAACUGCGUUUACAUACAUGGGCGAAGAAUUGGCUCUCCUAGAUACUGAGAUUUCUUUUUCCGACACUCAAGAUCCUCAUGCGAUCAACGCUGGACCAGAUAGAUACAGUCUGUUUACGCGUGACCCUGCGAGAACUCCGUAUCACUGGGACAAUUCAACUUCUGGUGGAUUUUCAACAAACGAAUCGACGUGGUUACCAAUGAAUAGCAAUUAUGUUACCAGAAAUCUUGUCGCACAAAUAGCAGCAGAGCAAAGCAAUUUCCACACUUUCAAGUCCAUACUAAAGUUGAAGCAAAGUCAAACUAUUAAACGCGGUGCUACUCAUGUUUGGGCCUUAAAUAACAACAACAUCUUAGUCUUCACUCGUGAACUGGAAGAUGAACCUGUAUACGCAGUUGCUAUCAAUCUGGGUCUGGUAACUGUGAGCGUUGAUUUUUCUCAAUUUCCUGAUUUUCCAUCUGAAGAAAUUCGAGUUUGCUUAGCCAGUGCAAACGCAAUUAUAUCUACUGGGACCGUCGUCAAUAUUACGUCAGUUUCGUUGUCAGCCAAUGCAGCCGUUGUACUUUGUAACUCAGAAGUACCAGAAACUACUACAGUAUCGAUAACAACGACGACACUAGCAGCGAUGCCUAGUACUACAGUGGAAUCAUCAACACAGACUUCUACAACUUCACCAACGUCAUCUCCUACGGAAUCAGAACCUCCAACUACUACACCAUCGUCCAUUACGACGCCUUCCACUCCUACCACUUUGAGCACAACUAUGAAUACUUUCAGUACAACUAUAGUACCUUCAACAGAAACUUCGGCCAUUGCAACAACUUUGAUUACGUCUACCACUGCCAUUAAUACUACUGUUCCUAGUACAACUGUGGAAUCCACGACUGAAGUACCUACAAUACCGCCGACUAUGACGACGGACAAACCAGAAGCAGAGACUGAACCUGACUAUUCUGAAGACGAUACUACUGAAGAUUCAGAAUCAGGAGCAACAAAAGCUUAUAUUUCAUCCCUACUUAUUGUAGUUUCUAUAUGGAAUAUCUUACUUUGAAUUUCGAAUUGUGUUGCAUAUGAAGUAUUUGUCAGUAACAUGUAACGCUUGUCAUACUUUCUCACCGAUUGAUAAGGUUUUUUUGAUGGAUUGGCACUAAAACUUCCCAAACAAGAGUCUGGUAAACUUUACCUCCAGUUUUGAUUUAUUUUGGCAAUCUUAUUACAAUAAAGGAAAACGAAGGAU